UGAUCAAGCCGAGGCUCAUUGUCAAAAACCUAAGGUUUCUAGAGAACAUUAUGUUGUACAUCAAGCUAACAAGAAUGCAGAUUUAAAUACUGAAGAAGAUCAAACAACUCAAUAUCAACAGCAGUAA